AAAAGCGGGGAAACUAAAAAAGGUUUCCGGCCGGCGGUAUUUCGCUGUUACACAUAGUUGGAAAGUGCUACGCCAGGACUACAGUCAGCUGUGAUGGCCAAACUUCAGGGCUUUGAGUUUUGGAGGAAAACUCUGAAGGAGGCACGCUAUGUGGUGGCUCCCAUGGUGGACCAGAGCGAGCUGGCUUGGCGUUUGCUUAGCCGCCGGCAUGGUGCUCAGCUUUGCUACACCCCCAUGCUGCAUGCUCAGGUGUUUGUCCGUGACGCCAACUACAGGAGGGAAAACCUCUACAGUGAAGUUUGUGAGGAGGACAGGCCUCUUAUUACACAGUUUUGUGCCAAUGAUCCAGAGGUGUUCCUUCAGGCAGCUUUGCUGGCUCAGGAUUAUUGUGACGCCAUUGAUCUCAACCUGGGCUGUCCACAGAUGAUCGCUAAGAGAGGACACUAUGGAGUUUUUCUACAAGAUGAAUGGGACCUUUUGGAAAAAAUGGUCAGCUUAGCCAACGAAAAGCUCAAAGUGCCAAUCACGUGCAAGAUCCGCGUAUUCAAGGAGGUUGAAAAGACAGUCCGCUAUGCCCAGAUGCUCGAGAAAGCUGGAUGUCAGCUGCUGACAGUGCACGGCAGAACCAAAGACCAGAAAGGCGCCAUGACAGGUAUCGCUAGCUGGGAGCACAUAAAGGCUGUACGGCAGGCGGUAAAUAUUCCAGUAUUUGCUAAUGGCAACAUCCAGCACCUCAGUGAUGUGGAGCGCUGCAUUCAGGAAACAGGCGUGCAGGGAGUGAUGAGUGCAGAGGGGAACCUCCAUAACCCAGCGCUGUUUGAAGGCCGCAGCCCCCCGGUGUGGGAAAUGGCUGAGGAGUAUCUAGAGGUGGUGAAGCGGUAUCCUCCAUGCACUCUGUCCUACGUUCGAGCCCACCUCUUCAAGCUCUGGCAUCACACGCUGCAGAUCCACCAGGACCUGAGGGAGGAGUUGGCCAAGGUGAAGACCCUGGAGGGUUUGGCUGACGUUAGCAAACAGCUGAGACUUCGCUGUCAGGAGGAGAUAGCCAAAGGAAAAGAUUCAGAAGAUAAAGAAAGCGGACUUCCUUUCCCCCGCUGGAUCUGUCAGCCAUAUGUCAGACCAGUGCCAAAGGAGACUGUUACCAAUGGUAACAGCCAGGAGUCAGUGGUGAAGAAGACAGUUUGUCAGAAGAGGGCACUGGAGGACUGUGAUGGAUCAGCUGACACACUCUCCAAAAACAAGCAGAAGAAGAGAUCCCGCAACCCCAAAAAGAACUUCUGCCCCGAACAGAAACCCAAAUACAUCAAAUGUGAACAAUGUGGUAACCCAAAGGGAAAUAAGUGCGUCUUCAGCUUGUGUCGAGGCUGCUGUAAGAAGAAAGCUUACAAAGAAGUGGCAGACUGUCCAAGCCACGGGCUGAGGUUCAAGACUAAGGCAGAGAAACGGAAAGCAGAGGAGAAGGAGCAGGCAGAGAGAUCCACAACAGAGGUGGAGACAAGUGACCGCAUUCCUCAGCCUCUGCAGGAUUCAAGAAGGGAACUGGAGGAGCCUCUGCCGCUGCUAUGAGCAGGACUGCAGCCAUCUCUGCGUGCACAAACCACACACUCACUGGAGGGUGGAAGCAGUGCAUGCAGUAGUCAGUACAUACUGUGUACACAGCUGCUAAGUAGUCUGUUUGGUGAAGUGUGGACAUCAAUCAACAGACCAAAAAAUAAAGCUUAUUUUUAUGUAAAAGGGAUUUCUAGGUGAAUAAGCAGUUGGGACGGGGGACUGGACUUCUGAAAAUGCAAUGGUUCAAAUAUAAUUUAUUUAUUUUUUACAUUUUUUUUAAGGAUAGAUAUUAUAAAGACAUUAUUUUGCCUAAAGUUGUUGGUGAGUCUUCACAGGGAAAGAUUUAGUAACUUGUUGGUAGCAGAUGUGUUAUACACACAUGUAGAUGCUGCAUUGCUCAACUGCUGUUCACUGGAACACUGCCAACAUAUAUAUACAUAUAUAUACAUAUAUUGCUCAGGGAGAGCACGGUCUCCUUUUGCUUAUUUCUCUGUGGAAGCAGAACACAGAGCUUCUAAGUACUUGAACUGUAAAAUGAUUCUGAAGCAGUUUGGUUUGUUUCAAAUGCUGCAACUGUACUUAUGGUACGAGAUGUUUAGUCAAAUAUAAAUAGCAUUGUGUGCUUGAUUUUGUAUCUACAACUCAAGCACACACGUUAAUGUCUGUCACAUUAAUGCUUUGAAGCAUUCUGAUAAGUUAGGACUACCUAACCCAUCAUAGGGACUGAUAAGUGUCAUUUUCAGACUCUGAUACAUUACUUUGAUUAAAGCGUUCAUCUUCUUGUUCAAACAUGACAGAAUUCAUCUUAAUUCAGUCAGGAGAAGUAAAAUAUCACAAAACCAGUUCUCACAAGUGGAACUUUACUUAUUUCUUAGUUUUGGCAUCCAUUUAAAAUAAGUGGUGUUUCAUACAGGAGCUGGUCAGAAGCCUUAGUAUCACCUGAGCAAGCUCUUCUGACAAGACUGGAUGCAGCAUCUACCUGUCUAUAUGUGGUUUAAUUAAAGUCACGAAUGUGGUUACUUUCUUUAUUUUGCAUUAACAUUAGCCCAUAGUGCAUUUACUGUGUGCCUUUUGAAUGAAAAUAUCACUGUCUGUCCAGAACUUAUGCAUAAAGGACAGAAUUCAGCGCUCCCUCUGCUGCUGAGUAAAACAUGCUCACCCUGAAAUUUAAAGGUGCUGCUUGUGUAUACAGGGUAAUAAGGUACAAUGGACAUCAAAGAGGAUGUGUGUUUUGUGGUAGUUAGCCCCACGUUGUCAAAGGUUGGGGGCAAUUGUAAAUUUGGCAACACAGAUGAACAAAUAUGUAGAUUUUUAUCUGUAAUGGAUGGAGCUAUAAUGAAGUCACCCUCUGGUUUCUUGACUCUGAAUUUUUGAAAAUACAUUUUAAUUCUUCCCAUUUCAAUUUAAAAGAAAAUCUUUUUGGGUGGAAGAGUUAAGUUGUGAACUAGCUCUGGUUUGGUUAGCAAGCUUCAUCCACAUGCAUAUAGCUCUCACACAAACCUACUAAUUAGGUAAAGGAGUCAUAAAUUGCACUCAAAAGCCUUUAGCACAAACUUCUUGGUCUAAUGCCAUUUAAAAUCCUUCGAAAGGUGCAAAACUCACAAAAAUGCUAAAUCCAGGUACCUCGGAGUAAAGGAGUAAAUGGCCUGUAUUUGUAUAGCGCUUUUCUAGUCCCUAAGGGCCCCAAAGCGCUUUACACAACCAGUCAUCCACCCAUUCACACACUGGUGAUGGCAAGCUACAUUGUAGCCACAGCCAUCCUGGGGCGCACUGACAGAGGCGUAACAGGACUCCUGCUCAACAUUGUGGUCAAGUCCCCAAUGUUAAGUCUUACAGGUGUUCAGAUUCAUUUUUAAGAGGAAAAAUGUAUUGAAACUACAAUAAAGGUCCAAACCAUUUUUACAGCAGACCCUAAAUGCACUUUUUAAUAUUGUGAAGCAUUUUAGCAAAGGUGUUUGGUGACUGACGGCCUCAAGUGGCGAAUCCAGGAACUGCAAUUUUUGGCUUCAUGUUUUCAGCUUGCCGUUUGGUUGGCACUGAUGUCUUUGUCUCCUUGGUAACUAUCUUGUUUACUAACAGAACAACCUAAGCAAGCCCCAAAAAUGCUUUAACUAAUUUCGAUAAAUAUUUAUUACUUGUGCCCUAAAAUAGCCGGAAAGCCUUUACUGUUAUGGGACAUUUAACAUUCAUUAAAAAAAACCAAAACUGAAUUCUGAUUGCAGCCUCCAGUAGCUUCCUGUUUACGUUUUUUUUUUUUUUUUUUUUUAAAUUUAUAACAAAUCGGUAAACCUGUAUCGGUUUUAUUUCCUGCUUUUCAUAUUGGUUUUUCUUAUAGCCUUUGCAGCCAGUACAAUGUGGUAUUUUAAAGCAAGGUGUGUCAUCUAUGCUAACAUGAAUUGUGUUUAUAAAAAUAAACAAUA